UCAGAGACAGCGGUAGCUCCUCCAAGAACUAGUCGAGAUAUCGUAAGCCGAACGGCCUGUGAGGAGAGGGAGGAACCAUCCCCCUCAUGGCGGUUCGUCGCGGCGAUCUCGGGGCUAGCCUACUUAUAGGCGUUGCAGUACCCCUCCUCUGCAUCUCAAUCGCACAGCCCCUGGUUUCUCAAGCAUUAUGGCGACCGUCUCUCACAGCUCUCAUGCGCCCGCAAGGGCCGGCGAGUAUCCUGGUCAGGCUGACCUGCGCAAAAUGAUGGCUCAGCAACCCUUGCCUGCUCUAGAACCCAACCUCAUCGACCCCGAGACAAUGACUGGCGAUGCACCGACCGUUGAGGCGCAUGCCGUGCUAGAUCGACUCAACACGGCCCUGUCCAGCAAGAACGUGGAGGCGCUGCAGAGCUGUUUCUAUGCCAGCCAGGCCUAUUGGAAAGACCAACUGGCACUCACAUACCACCUCCGCACAUUCAAUACACCGGGUGUAAUUGCUGCUGCGAUGCUGGAAACAGCUCCCUUGCGAGGGCUAGGAGACGUGUCUGUAGACGGAGGCGCGGUCUUUAUUCCUGCGACACCCACCUUGCAAUUCAUCGACUGUGGAAUCCGUUUCCGAACCAGCUCCCCGGCAGCGGCAGGAAAGGGAAAGGUGGUACUCUUGCCGGUACAGACUGCAGAGAAGACGAUCGAGUGGAAGAUUUGGGUUCUGAGUACCAUGCUGGAGAGCUUGGAUCUUCAUCCGGAGGACCAGGGACUGCUGCAGGGGGCGAGCAAAGAGUAUGCUGAUGCGGAGAGAUUCGAAACCGAGGUGUUUAUCAUCGGAGGCGGAAAUGCAGCUGCCGCGUUGGCCGCGCGCCUGAAGACGCUGGGAGUGGAAAGUGUCAUGGCCGAACGCAACUCCCAGGUUGGCGACAAUUGGGCUCGUCGCUACGACUGCAUGCGCUUUCACAUCCCCACUUCCUUCUGCGAUUUCCCGUUCAUGCCUUACGGCCCCGAACUCCAAUCUCCCCAUCUACUCUCGCGCGACGACCUGGCAGAGCAAGUUCGACGAUACGUUGCGACCUUUCAAUUGAACAUCAUCACGUCGGCUCAGAUCCAGUCAACCCAGUACAACCAGGCGACACAGCAAUGGCAGAUCAAAAUCCAAACCCCGACUGGCCAACGCACGGCCAUUGCGAAGCACCUCGUCCUCGCUACUGGCAUUGCAUCCCAGCAACCCUUCGUGCCUUCCAUUCCCAACAAGGACGCCUACCAGGGCAUCAACAUCCACUCAACUCAAUACCAGAAUGCCAGGAAGCUGGUGGAUCAAGGCAUUAAGUCCGUUCUCGUCAUCGGCUCCGCCAACACAGCCUUCGAUAUCCUCGAGGACUGCCACGCCGCCGGACUACAAGCCACGAUGAACGUGCGCUCCCCAACCUACAUCGUCCCGAUCGAGUACCUUCUCGACAAGCGCAGUCUCGGCGCCUACGACCUCGGCGUCGAAGCCGCCGACCGACUCUUCCUCUCCCUGCCCGCCGUGAUCGACAGCCAAUUGGGCGAUGGCCUGAUGAAGCUCUUUUCAUCCCAGGAACCCAACCGUUACGACGCGCUCGCCGCGACCGGCUUCCCCGUGCGCGACAGUUCCCACGUCGAGUCCGUCCUCAUGCACAACCUGCUCGAGCGCGCCGGCGGCCACUACGUCGACGUCGGCGGCACCAAACUGCUAGCCGAGGGCAAAGCCGGCGUCAAAGCCAACGUAGAGCCAACUGCAUACACGGCCACGGGACUGACCUUUUCGGACGGAUCUUCGCUGGACGCCGACGCGGUGGUCUGGUGUACCGGGUUCGCCGAUCGGGAUGUUCGCGACACCACGGCGACGCUGCUCGGUGGGGAGGCCGCUCGUGCUGCGUCGGGGACAGGCGUCGACGACGACCUCACAAAGGCGGACGGUGAAUCUAUCCUAGGCCCCGAGGAGAUCGCCGCCCGUGUCGAAGCAACCUGGGGCGUGGACGCAGAGGGAGAGAUCCGCGGCAUGUGGAAGCGGCAUCGCCAGUUGGACAACUUUUGGAUAAUGGGCGGGUUCACGCAGCAGCAUCGCUGGCAUUCGCGGACGCUGGCGCUGCAGAUCAAGGCCGCUCUGGAAGGGGUCUUGCCGCCGGCUUAUCGGGAUACUCCGCGUGUCUGAAGGAUCGAAUCUGGAGGAUCGUCGUCCUGGUGGUGGGUGUUUCAUGCAUAUAGUAUUAUCUCUUGGGUGGUUGUCUGAUUUAGGUCUUGAUGUAGAUUCUCGGAUCGGUACAGUGAGCUCAGGGCCACGGAAAGUUCCUGGCGGAGCUGUUAAUCCCUUUAAUGGUAAUUCAGAUCUAAGCAGACAAGCAUACUCAUGUCUGCAC